AGUGUUUUUGUGUGAGUGUGCAUUGCAAGAAACAGACAACCUCACACACACAGAAACCUUAUUCAUAGUAAGAAAGAAAAAAGGAAGAAUCAUAGGAGUAUUUGGGAGUGGAAGGAUGGAGGAGGAAUGUAAAUGUCUGCCGGGAUUCAGAUUCCAUCCGACUGAGGAAGAGCUGCUGAGCUUCUACCUGAAAAGCAUGGUUUUGGGGAAGAAUAUGCGCGGCGAUGUGAUCGGUUUCUUGAAUAUUUACAACUACCAUCCCAAUGAACUGCCACGAUUGGCGAAAACAGGGGAGAGAGAAUGGUACUUCAUGGUGCCCAGAGACAGGAAGCACGGCGGGGGAGGGCGCCCCAACCGCACCACGGCUCACGGCUUCUGGAAGGCCACCGGUUCCGACCGCCAGAUAGUGAGCAGUUCGGGUGCCAAGAGAGUGAUCGGGCUGAAGAAGACGCUGGUGUUCUACGAGGGGAGAGCGCCACGCGGCACCAAGACCAACUGGAUCAUGAACGAGUAUCGCCUUCCCGACAAGCCCAACAAGGAGGACACAGAUAUUGUAGUGUGCAAGAUAUACAUGAAGGCCACUUCUCUCAAGGUGUUGGAGCAGAGGGCUGCAAUGGAUCAUUCCUCUUUCCCUCUCUCUCCUCCUCCCACCCUUCAUUUCGACUUGCAACAAUUUCCCAACACAGACAGGCCUUCUUCUUCUUCUUCUUCCUCCUCCAGCUUGGUGUUGCCCAACAGUCUACCAGACUUGCAGCUGCCUAAGAUGAACACCACUGAUUGGAUGCAGGAUUCCUUUUGGCUUAAUUUAAGCCCAUGGCUUGAUAACUUCACACCAUUCAUCCCAAUGUGCUAAUUGCAUUUAACAUAUAGUAUAUGCUACUAAUUAAUUGCCUACCCCAUUCUAACUAUAUUUAGUUAGUUAGUUGGCAACUUUUUAUACUAGUAAUCAAGUUUCUGCUGUUAUAAUGUGUCUCAUAAUUCAAUGGAAUAGGCCACACGAGGGGUUUGCAUA